AAAAACCCGACUAGAUAUCGACGUUCAGUUCCUUUCGCUGCUGUAAAGUUAGGAUCGCGCAGAAGGAGCGAGGCGAUCAGUCUCUCACGUGUGAAAGGCAAAUGGAAGGCCCAGCUGCGGGCCCGCGGCCCUUGGCUGACCUUUUCUAGCAUGAGGCUCCGCCGGAACUACACCCUGCUGCUAUCAAAAGUCGCCAUCACGAUUUGCUUCACGUGCUUAAUCUGGUAUCAAAUCCGAGACAACUCAGACCAAAUCAACAGCGCACCGGGGACUCAGUCCCAACUGCGCCACAAUGGCUCGUCACUACUGUCGAAUUCUGUCAUUCCGCAAAAAAUCCGCUUACGUUCGCCAAGCCCCGAACCGUCGUCCUACGUUAGAAGUUACGUUACCGAGUUGAAUAGGAUUCAAGAAAUCCACAACGAGGAUCUGUAUGGACCUCUGACAGAGAACGACCCGGUGAUCGUCAUACAAGUUCACAACCGGUGGACCUAUUUAGAGGGUCUCAUCGCCUCGCUGCGCACCGUGCCAGGAAUCAAUCGAACAUUGCUCAUAUUCUCACACGACUUCUACGAUGAGACUAGCUUCAUCGAAGAGCUGCCAAAAAUCGUCACUUUCACGAAAAUGAUGCAGAUUUUCUACCCGAAUUCGAUCCAGCUGGAACCGAAUCGAUUCCCUGGAGAUCAUCCAAACGACUGUCCCCGAGACAUAAGGAAGGAUCAAGCCGAGGCGAUACAUUGUCAGAACUACGGAUUCCCCGACCUCCACGGCCACUAUCGGGAAGGGAAAUUCUGCCAGACCAAACACCAUUGGUGGUGGAAAAUCAAUCGAGUCAUGGACGCUCUGAACGUCACCAUGUUCCAUCGCGGUCCAUUCAUCUUUCUGGAGGAGGAUCACUACGUGGCGCCGGACCUCUUGCACGUGCUCCGCCUGAUGGAAAACGCGCAACCGACCGCCUGUCCAGGAUGUCGGAUUUUCGUUAUGGGCACCUAUGUGAAAACAAACAAUUACCGUCAGCUCAGCCCAACUGUCGACAUGAUAAAGUGGGUUUCGUCGAGGCACAAUAUGGGAAUGGUUGUAUACCGCGAUCUCUGGAAAUCGAUUCGGGACCGUUGUGCACAGACGUUUUGCACCUACGAUGAUUACAACUGGGACUGGUCUCUAUAUCGAGUCAGUAUGACUUGUUUAGAGAAGCCACUCCAAGCCAUGGUCGUGCGAACGACUAGAGUUUUUCACGUCGGCGAAUGUGGUGUGCAUCACAAAGGCAAAAACUGCGAUCAGUCUCGAUUAACUUUGGCCGCUCAACGGACCAUCGAGUCCGCCGGAGAAUUUCUUUUCCCUAAAAGCCUCCGUGUGCAGCGAGGGUUAGAAAGACCACUGAAAGCCCAGAGACCCAACGGUGGUUGGGGCGAUGUUCGUGAUCACCAGCUGUGUAUGCACUUCCUCAAUGAAACAUUAUGAAAAAAUCACAAGCCUCGCAACAACAGCACGUGUGUGAGGGCGACGGCAGCAGGAAAAUAUCAUCAUCACGAGCGAAGCUUCUCUCACCAGGAAAUCAUCCCACUCAUGCGAGCUCGCGUACUCGAUUGCAUUGAUGCCUGGACUAGAAUCGGGGACACGGCUCUGAGAGCAUUUACGGCGAAACCGCAGAAGUUCCGCGCUCCCCGUGGAAGUAGAGUGUACAAACGAAUGUGAAUAUCGGAGAUAUUGUGAUAGAAUGUCUACGCUCCCAAGAUAAGAGUUAGUGAUGAUAAGUGAUAACAACCGUAAUAUCGUAGCCGGCUCCCAUUCCGUUUGAUAGAGUACCUUGCGUUCCCCUUGUGACGUCGUAUAAUGCUGAAAGCCUGAAAGCGAGGAAUCGGGCCAGACGAAGGACGAAAAUUCAUGCCUGAGUCCGACGAUGACCAUGUCCGUUCUUGAGGGCGUUUCUUUUUUUCCCAGUGAUCCUACCAGCGCUCUCGCGGCCUCUGCUCAAGGUUGAGUUUUCGUUGUGGACCUUCGAAUCAUUAUCACCCGUUGCUCGUUUCAUCUUCGCCCCGUAUCCUCCUUUUCGAGUUUUCGAGCGUGUCGCCGAAAUUGCUGCAAU